AUGUCUCAAUCCCUGCGUCCGUAUCUCCAAUGUGUCCGCUCCUCUUUAACGGCCGCCCUUGCGAUCUCGAACUUUGCCUCACAGAUUUCAGAACGCCACAAUGUCCCGGAAAUUGAGAGCGGAGCUUCUCCAGAACUUAUCCUGAACCCACUGACAGUAUCACGCAAUGACUCCGAAUCGGUGCUCAUUGAGCCAUCGGUCAAUUCGGUCAGAGUGUCAAUCAGGAUCAAGCAGGCAGAUGAAAUCGAGCAUAUCCUUGUGCACAAGUUGGCGCGCUUCCUGACUCAACGAGCCGAGUCAUUCUUUAUCCUCCGAAGAAAGCCAGUGAAGGGCUACGAUAUCUCCUUUUUGAUCACGAACUUCCAUACCUCCUCCAUGUACAAAAAUCAGCUUGUUGAGUUCGUCAUCUCCUUCAUGGAAGAUGUAGACAAGGAGAUCAGCGAGAUGAAGCUGUUUUUGAAUGCUCGGGCCCGAUUUGUGGCUGAGUCGUUCUUAACCCCCUUUGAUUAA